GUAUCUAACGGUUAUGGCUUGUCUGCGAAACAUUAUCAUACCAGUAUGAACCCACAAGAGCGCUUCUAUUAGCUCUCCUACUUACUCUCCCAUGAGUUCUGAGCUCUUCCUAAAGCUCUCAUUAGGGCUGGCCUCAAUCCCUCAUCCAUCACCUUCAUCCGCCAGUUUUCUCUCUGAUUCUGCUCAUUCCCGCAUCCAACUUGCCCUUGACCAUGCUUGGGCAGACUCAACCUUAUCAAAAUACCGCGCCGUCGUCACCAAUUUUCUCUCCUUCUGUGACUCAGAACACAUUCCUCCUGCUGCUCGCUGCCCAGCCAGUGAUCUACUUCUUUGCGCCUUUGCUGCUUCCCGCGUGGGUGGUGUCGUGACAAGAGGCUGCAGAAGUGGACACCGGAUACGCAUGGGGAGUGUCUUGAUGUGCUCGAGGACGUCAAUCGAUGGAUGAUUUGACUUGGGCAUUGAAUGUCGCUACAACUGUAUGUAUGCUUUACUUUAGUCACACCUUGCAGAGGCGUCGACUAGGCGUGUGGCUGCGUUCGCAUGUUCAUUACAUUCAAAAUAAACGCUCGCUGGUGGUCCAGAUCUCUCGAUAUCUGUCGAACCUGGGCUCAAGCAUAUUCCAUAUCUUAGCGCUC